AUGGUUGUGUUUGUGGUUUUUGGAAAUUCUGGUUCCAAGUCCAUGGAGCCCAGAGCUGCUCUCAGCAAAGCCGUCGACGAGGCUUCAAAAUUGGCGGGAAAACAGCAGUACGAGAAACGUGCACAAAAUGUAGGUGAGCCCAAAUGGGGGAACUUUUUCUGA